GGCAAAUCCGAGUUCGAUGUUGCUGGCAGCAGUGCUAGUAACAGCGAUACUGAAGUCAACAAGUCUGGUUUCAAGGGACGAGGCCAAAAAGGGCUUACGUUUGCUACACGAGGUGUCGGGAAGGAUCAUUACAGGCCUGUUGACAGUUAUGAGGGACUUCAUCGGUACGAUCCGGAUUUUGAGUGGGAGCCGGAGGAAGAGAAGCGAGUCGUACGCAAGAUCGAUAAGCGCAUCUGUACCUUCGUCUGCUUGAUGUUCUUCGCCUUACAACUUGAUCGCGGAAACAUCUCGCAGGCUUUGAGCGAUAACAUGCUGGGCGAUCUUAAGCUCAAUACCAACGACUACAACUAUGGCCAAACUAUCUUCUUCGUCAGCUUUCUGGCCGCCGAACUACCAUCGCAGCUUAUCAGCAAGAAGCUCGGCCCUGAUAACUGGAUUCCCAUCCAGAUGGUGUCCUGGAGUUUAGUCGCUAGCAUGCAGGCUUUCAUGAGCGGCCGUAAUUCUUUCUACGCAUGCCGUGCACUUUUGGGAUUAAUCGAGGGCGGCUUCAUCCCCGACAACAUCCUCUAUCUGAGCUAUUUCUACACCGGUUGGGAACUACCAGCACGACUGAGUUGGUUCUGGGUAUCCUAUCAGUCAACCCAAAUCAUCUCAGCAUUCUUCGCGUUUGGCCUUUUGCGCCUUCGUGGCCACAAUGGCAUGGAAGGCUGGCGCUGGCUCUUUGCUCUCGAGGGGAUGUUGACGGGCCUCAUUGGUAUUACGGCAUGGUUCUACUUACCACCCAGUCCGACGCAGACAGCUGCCCACAGUAAAUGGAACAUCUUUCGAGGGAAGGAUGGCUGGUUCAAUGAAAGAGAGGAAAAGAUCAUGGUGAACCGCAUUCUCAGAGAUGAUCCAUCGAAGGGAGAUAUGCAUAACCGCCAGGGUCUGAGUCUCUCCAUGCUGUGGGAGUGUCUCAAGGAUUACCACAUGUGGCCGAUCUAUUUGAUUGGCUUGUCGUGGACGAUCCCGAACUCGCCCAUAGCCUCCUACCUCACACUCCAGCUCAAAUCGCUAGGCUUCACCACUUUCGACACCAAUCUGCUUACAAUCCCCGCAUACGUUCUUUUCAUCGUCCAACUCCUCUUCUGGACCUGGGUUUCCGAGAAGCUCAACGAGCGCUUUCUCGUCGGUCUACUCUCACAAGUUUGGGCCCUCCCCCUCCUCAUCGCGGUCGAAUUACUCCCCACCCACGCCUCACCCUGGGCCCGCUGGGUUCUCUCUACGCUCCUUGUUGGGCAUCCUUACAUCCACGCCAUCCUCGUUGCCAUCACAUCGCGCAAUGCGGGCGCCGUGCGCACGCGUACUGUUGCUUCUGCACUAUACAACAUGUGCGUCCAGGCGAGCAGUAUCAUCAGUCAAAACAUCUACAGAAAUGACGACAAGCCGCUAUAUAGACGAGGCAACAAGAUUCUCAUUGCGAUAUGUGCUUAUAACUUCGCACUGUUUAUUGGGGCAAAACUUUACUAUGUUUCGGUGAACAAGAAGAGAGAAGGUCUGUGGAACAGCAUGAGUAACGACGAGAAAGAGACGUAUCUGGAGACUACGCAGGAUAAGGGUAAUAAGCGGCUUGACUUCCGCUUUGCACACUAAAGUAUUGCGGACGCCACUCGCUUUUUAGAUUAUCCUUUCUACUUAGUAUGUCCUGGGGCUUUCUCUUUUAUACAGAUCUGAAACUAGUUGAAACGCAUAUAGAUCCAUUCAAGAUUAGACUAUUACGGGAC